CAGUUACAGGUUACAAACCCUGAUCUUUCCCUGACGUUGUCCAAAGUGCCUCUGCUGCCCCGACCCAACCGCAGACGGGACCGUGGAUGCGAACUCUGGUCUCCGGUGUGUCAGUCGCGCGCUUCAUGGGCCCGUCAUGCCACCUCCUUGUGAAUGUGGCUACAUUCUCUGAACAUGGAUUUAAACACUGAAUAAGUUUAUUAGCUGUCGUGGAGGUUUGUGAUUGUUAAGAUGCUCGUCAACAAUUCUGAAGAGAAGAACCUCCGCUGUCUCAGUUGCAAUAGAGGUGACAUUACUGUAAAGGAGAAGGCAAGCCACGCGAUGUCCCCCAACGCCUCUGUGCCGGUCCACGUCCUCAGGUCCUCCAAGAGUGACCCGGCGACAGCGGUGGACAUCGACGCCAUCAUGGACAACGUCACAAUUGUUCUCUACGCACUGACCAUCGUGCUCGGCAUUACAGGGAACUCCAUAGUGAUCUGGGUGGCUGGAUUCAAGCUCAAGCCGAAGGUCACCAACGUGUGGCUGGUGAAUCUGGCGAUAGCAGACCUGAUCUUCUGCUUCACACGAGUCUUUUCCCUCACCAAGAAGCUCUUCUUUGACCACUGGCCCUUCGGCAUCUUCGUCUGCAAGUUCAACGGCUUCUUCAAAUACGCCAACAUGUUCUGCUCCGUCUUUCUUCUGGCUGUGAUCAGUCUGGACCGAGCGCUCUGCGUCUGGCAGCCUGUCUUCACCAAACGACGCCGCAACCUGUGGGCCGCGAGGUUGGUGGCUGUCUGCGUCUGGGCCACAGCCAUCUGUUUCAGCACUCCGUACUUUGUCUUCCGUCAAGUCUACCUGGGGAAGAACAACCUGAGUAAGUGCUCUGUGGACAAAAAGGAGGCAACAGAGGGGAACAACGGCACCAAAAGGGCUCUUUAUUCCAUCCGCUUCAUGUGUGGCUUCAUGCUGCCUUUCAUGGUCAUCCUCAUCUGUUACAUCCUGGCAGGCAUUGGCAUCCGACGCACCCGUCUGUCGGGGAAAUCGCGCCCUCUGCGUAUAUUAGCAUCACUAGUCAUUGCAUUCUUCCUGUGCUGGGCACCAUACCACUGCCUCCUGCUGGUGAAAAUGGUGGACAGCAAGAACAAGGUGGUGAAGAUCUGGCACCCUGUGGCGAAGGGCAUCGCCUACUUUAACAGCUGUGUUAACCCGCUGUUGUACUUCUGCAUGGGGCUGGAUGUGAGGGGGCGGUCCAGGCAGAGUCUGUCAGGGGUGUACAGGAGAGCCCUGGCAGACGACGUGGACGGACAGACGACUCAUUCCAACGAACGCUCUUUGGACGACAGUACCGGUUCGAGACACACUACUGCUGCGGUGGCAGGAGGGAGUAAGGCGACAGGGGGUGUACCUAAAGUUCGAGUCUCUCCCAGCGAGCCCUAAAAGCCCGGAGGAGCGUACAAGUGGUUUUUCAUGUUUUAACCGGCAGCAAAGUGGAAGUUAGAGCAUCUCCCGUUUCCAAAGAAAUAAGUCUAAUCUAUUGAUUCAUACCAUCUAGAUCAUGUUCAUGAUUAUAAAACUUUUCGUAGUAUCAGUACUGGCUGACCAAGGGUGCCAUGGGUGAUACAGUAGGGUAGUAAAAGGUUAAACAAAUUCCCCUCCCUCCAGGCAUCAGCCGAUUUCAGUUUACUUCAGUAAGGUACGAAAGUUGUAGAGAUCUGAAACUUGCUUGAGGUGCAUAAACCAUCAUGAUCAUCUCAGGAAUACCAACGCGUGGUCUUUGUUUUUGUGUCAGAGGAAGACGAUGUUAUGAUCCCCUCCUCUUUCGCUGUCUUUAACAACCACUGCUGAGUGUUCACUGAAGCGUAAAAGCGUUUAACUCUCUGACGCCCACAUCCCCCAUGAGGUGUCAGGCGUAAAUACGCUGCUGUUCAUUCUACAUAGAUUAUUUUUAUAACAGUGAAUUCUUUAUGAAAAUAACAACAAAGCAAGGCAAGUUUAUUUGUAUGGCAUCUUUCAACAAGGUAAUUAAAAGUGCUUUAUGUUUUGCUUGUCUAAUGGAUUAGAUUUCGCCAUGUAACACCCACAUAAACCCACCAAUACAAUCAUUCUCUACGGGCAACUUCUAGGACUUUCAAGUGUUUGAGAAUUUGAAAGAAGCCACUGCUCCUAAACUGCAUUGCUGCAAGUAACCGUAGAGCGAAGAGGCCGACUGGACAAAUGUUCGCAAAACAAACAUGGCAUACGUCGAUAUACUGAGGUCAUAUUUCCCAGUAAAAGGUUUUUGAGUUGCGUUUUGAUGAAUGUAAAUACAACCACAGAUGAGAAGUGGAACUGUGAUGAGUCUGGAGGAAUAGGAAGAAAGGUGGAGGGAAGUGAGAGUAUUACAAGGAAAUAAAGUAAUAACUUUAGUCAUGACACUGUCUUGGGUGCAGAGAACACGCUGAAGGUGAAAGUCCAUUGCAUUUCAAAUAACUGGUCACUUGGUUUCUAUGCAUAUUUUCAUUUGUACGUGCUCAGCAGAUUACUUACACAUCACAGGGACCUUUUAUCUCACUGUUCUUUAGGUUUUAUGGCGUUUCUGCUCUGCUGAUUUUUGUAGCAGCAGAAACAUGUCGAAUAACAUGGAUUUAAGCUCACAGUGUUACACUUAACGUAACAUUUUCAUAAUGUGAUAUUACUUUGUACAUACUGCUAUUAGUUUAUAUGCAAACUGUAAAAUGAAAAUAAAAGCUUUUAAAGUUGUGGGAAUUUAAAGUUGUGUUUAAACUGUUUAAUUGUGAAAAGGUGUCAACACAAACGCCAGAGGCUGAAACAAAUUUAGCACUAUUGGUGGGCCAAGUUAAUAGUAGAGACGUUAUCUGUUGUAGUGUCUUUAAUGGUUUAAAGCUGAAAAAUACAAGAUCCCUCUUGAGUGUCUGUGUUUCACAGCAACCCUGUCUAAACUGUUUUCCCAAUUACAUUGUGUUAGCAAAUGUAAUCGCUGGCUGGCUUAUAUUCAGAGGCCAGGCUGGUCUCACCAAAUUGCGUACGAAUAACAGGCCAAUUUUCUCAAACACAUUUUUUUUUGGUUUUUCAUGCCACAUCAUUUCUCUACUAGCACCUAACCCCAACCACAGCGGCACUAAAUCACACGCGAAAUGCCUAAAAUGCGUAGAAAUGGCAUACGUAGUGUUCCCGAAAGUGGCCUGCUAUUCGAACGCAGUGCCAUGAGAUCACACACAAAGCGUACGACAGUCACACCAGAGUCCAGGGUCUGCAUCCUCGCUCACACCUGUGGCUCUGUUGAAGCAACAAAGGCAUUUGAAUGGAAUGGUUUUGGUUAAAUGUAAUUAAACACAUUGUGUCUGAAGUCACUGUGAACUACCAGACCAGGAUCUUUCCCCAGAUUUAAUCAGGUGCUAUGAGUGCCUCAACAUAACCCUAAAAAGGUUGAGUAACCCUGUACUCACUACAAG